AUCGCCUUUCUGCCGAGGCGUUCCGUCAAAGGUUUAGAAACGCAUCCAAAAAGAGCAGCGAGGGCUACUCGGAAUUCGCGUACGCGCUUAAAACCAACUUGAUAGAAUGGUUGAAGAGCGAGGAAGUAUACGAAAGCCGCGACAAGGUAGUCGAGUGUGUGUGCCUCGAACAGUUCUUUCGUAGCAUUCCGCAGUCAGUCAAGCUCUGGGUGCAGGAUAGGGUGGGAGUCGACUCUGUCGAAAGGGCCGCUGAGCUAGCCGAAGAGUACGCGACGCGUAGAAAGCUGAGCGGAGAGGAAAGCGAACCAGGCCGGAGCGAUCGCGCUGUACGUAAGCCCUUCCAACACCAACAGGGAAACGGCUCGCGAGAUAAAAAGUCCGAGAAGCCCGAAACAGAAAAAAAGGUCCCCGAAAAGAAAGCAGAUCACUCGAACGGAGACGAGGCGCAGAAAAACCAAAGAAAGCAGUUCGAGGCAAGGAAGCCGCUCCUGUGCUACAACUGUCAGGAGCCGGGGCACAUAGCGGCCAGAUGUAACAAACCGCGGGUUGUGUUCUCGUACGUGAACGGUAGUGACGAGAACCUGAAGCUUCUUCGUCCCUAUCUUCACGAGCUCCAGGUAAACGGAAAGCCGUGCAGGGUGCUUCGGGACAGUGCAGCGACGAUGAACGUUGUUCAUCCGUCGUAUGUAACUGCAUCCGACUUUACUGGAGAGGUAGCUUGGAUCAAGCAGGUGUUCGAAGAGCACAGUGUCUGUCUGCCUAUGGCGAGAGUAAAGAUAACUGGCCCGUUCGGAGAACUAGUGACAGAGGCGGCUGUCUCGCAAACAGUCCCGUCGGAGUAUCCCUAUUUGUUCUCUAACCGGUCAGAUUUCUUGCUGCGCGAAAGGGGUCAACAGCUGGGAGAAGGACUGGUUCAGGCGUUGACGAGGUCCAAAUCGCGUCAGCUUGCCCCUUUGUUGACCAGUAAGCCAGAGCCAGAAGCAGCUAAAGGGGAGCAAGCACUCCCAGAGUUGGAGGCAGAGAAACGGGAUGAGGGGGACCAGGUUGUAGAACAGCCCGACCUCGUAGCACCAGAAAGCGUACGAGGCCCCAACGCGUCGGCGCAGGAGGCGGAGGAAGACAGGGUCGUUGAGGGGUCUCUCUUAGCUCCGACCUCACGUAAUUUUGAUCGCCUGUUGCGGGUGGUCCGAGCGUCUCUGACAGCCGAGCAGAAGAGCGACCCUAGCCUGUCAAGAUUGCACGAUACAGCCAAGGAGGGUAUUGCUAGGGCCAAUGUAACGGUGCAUGAAAAAGACGGAUUGUUGUAUCGGCACUACAAGGACCGCAAAGGUAGGGUCUUAGAUCAGUUGGUUGUUCCGACAAAGUACCGUGAUGACCUUCUGAGUCUUUGCCACGGAAAUUGCUGGUCAGGUCAUCUAGGUGUGAACAAAACGAAAGAAAGGUUGCUGGGAGAGUAUUACUGGCCGGGGUGCUUCAAAGACGUAGAGCGCUACGUAAAGUCGUGUGAUGCAUGCUAGCGAGUCGGGAAACCGGGAGAGAAAUGGAAAGCUCCAUUAAAACUCGUCCCGCUGAUCUCGGAGCCAUUUCGUCGACUUGUGAUCGACACAGUUGGCCCAUUGCCCAGAACUAAGUCAGGCUAUAAGUACCUGCUCACCAUGAUCUGCCCGGCAACCAAAUUUCCAGACGCGAUUCCUCUGAAGGAACUCAGCUCGUCGGAGAUAGUCGACGCUCUGUUGACGGUUUUCGCGCGGAUCGGAUUUCCCGCGGAAAUUCAGGCUGACCAGGGCACAGUUUUCACAAGCGCAUUAACGACCACGUUUUUGCAGAGGUGUGGGGUGAGGCUGAUACACAGUUCCGUGUAUCACCCUCAGUCCAACAGCGUGGAGAAAUGGCACUCUGUGCUCAAGAGAGUGUUACGCGCGUUGUGUCACGAACACAAAGAGGACUGGGAAAGCUGUCUCCCAGCAACUAUGUUCGCUCUGAGAACUGUGCCUCAUGAAGCCACUGGUUUCACGCCGGCCGAGUUGGUCUACGGGAGAGCCCUUCGCUCUCCGCUUCGAAUGCUGAGAGAAAUGUGGGAAGGGACGGGAGAAAACCAAACGGUUGUAGACUAUGUGUUGGAGUUGCUGGAACGGCUAAGUGUUACGCGUGAACUAGUGGACAAAAACAUGAAAGCGGCUCAAGAAACCGCUAAAGUGUACUAUGACAGGAACGCACGACUCCGAACCUUUGAGGUUGGUGAUCGUGUAAUGAUUCUUAGAACGGCGCGAAAGAACAAACUUGAAGUUCACUGGGAGGGGCCCGUAGAGGUCAUUGACAAGCUGUCGCAAACUAACUAUGCGCUGAAAAUGCCAGGACAUCGAAAACAGGUGAAAAUCUAUCACUGCAACCUGACGAAACCGUUCGUUGAAAGACAGGGUGUCGUUAACCUAACGUUAAACAUGCCCGAGGAGCUACCUACCGAAAUUCCAGAAUGGAACGGAAUCAGCCCAGGCGCUGAAAGCAGUGUGGAUGAAAUCAUGGCACGUUGCGUGAACGCAGAGCUUCUUGACCAAGCGCAGGUAGAUGAUCUAAAAGUACUCUUAAACGAGUUUAGCGACACUUUCAGUGAUCGACCGGGAAGGACAGACCUCAUGACUCAUGAGAUAGAGCUCAUUUCAACCGAGCCAGUCAGGUCCAAGGCGUACAGGGUGUCGCCUCGUCAGAAGGAGAUCAUCGAGGCUGAGAUAAAGCACAUGCUGGAUCUUGGGGUAAUCGAGCCCGCCGAAAGCGACUACGCGUCGCCCUUGAUUCGCGUCGAGG